AUGACGGACGACGUGGUAGAUACCUUAGCAGAAGAUCUGAAAAUAUCAAAGGCUGUGGAAGCGUUGCAUUUUAACUCUCCAACGAAACCGAAAAGUGAGAGUCUUAACACUACCAAUAAGAAUGAAAAUGAAGCAAAUAAUUAUGACGACAAUGAUGACGAAGAAAAUGAUAAUGACGACGAUGACGACGACGAUAAUGACGACGAACAUAUUUACAUCAAUGAAGAAACUGAAACUGGAGUGGAAAGAAUCUUGGUAUCGAAAGCCCCUGAGGAACGAAUAGUGCCGCCUCUAAACUUUUGUCCCGUAGAGAGAUACCUUUAUAGAUCGGGACAGCCUUCUCCUGUAAAUUUCCCUUUCCUAUUGAAUUUACAUCUUAAGACAAUUAUAUGGCUUGCCAAUGAGGAACCACAGGAUACUCUACUAGAAUUCUGCGAAUCAAACAAUAUUGAGCUGCAAUUCGCUGCAAUCAACCCAGAUGCUGGAGAAGACGAUAAUCCAUGGGAUGGUUUAACGGAACACUCCAUAAUAAACGCCUUGAAAACUAUUGUCGAAAAAAAGAACUAUCCUAUGCUCGUCUGCUGUGGUAUGGGAAGACAUAGAACUGGUACAGUUAUUGGAUGUUUGAGAAAAUUAAUGGCUUGGAACUUAGCCAGUGUUUCAGAAGAAUAUAGAAGAUUCUCUGGUAGUCGAGGUGGCCGUAUUCUAGUGGAACUUCUAAUUGAAGCAUUUGAUACAAAGUUAAUAAAAAUUGAGAAGGAUAAAGCUCCCGAUUGGUUAUUGACUGCUGUGGAAAGUGACUAA